AUGGACACGAUCAGGCACUACGCGAUCGAACUCGCGGUCCGCAUCUCCAUCAAAGUUCUGGAGUGUAUCUGGGACCAUAUCCUCGCCAAUGUCUGGUUCACCACAAUCGUUGGCUGGCUGGUCCUCUUGACUUGCCUCUCGGGAACGGACGAGAGUGUAUGGGGUGCCAUCAAGCGGGCACAAGUGCGCCGCGCCACCUGCUUGAUCGCGCUGCAAUCUCUACGUCUCCUGACCUUUCUGUUUGCUCUCCUCUCCGCCAUCGACGUACUUGCGCUGUACGACAACAUCCUCAAGCCUGGCGACACAGCCGAACACGCCACCGCGGACAGACUUGACGAUGGUCCUGCACCGAGUGUGUCCCGUCCGACGCCUACACCUCACAAGUUCACCUGCCUGGGGAUUGUUGCCUCUGCCGCUUCUGGCGACCUGCGUUGCAAACGCACCGUCAAGCGUCAAUCCGCCACCGUCGAGGGCUACUACUGUGACAAGCACCGCGAUCAGGGAUACGCCAGGCUCGACAUCUGGGCCGCGGCGGCUGGGCGGGCAGAAUUCGAGGGGAGGGUCUAUGAGGAGAGGGAGGGGAGGGACACAGAGAGUUGA